AUGGCAGAAAGUCAACAGAUAACUCAAGAAACCUCUGUGGCGGUGCGUGCGGACGCCUGCAGCGGUCCUCACCGGGCCUUGGGUGCAGGGCCGCGCGCGGGCGAAGAGCCCCGGUUCGGCGCUGCCGGGCCUCCAGUCCCCUGCAGUCCCCAGAGGCUCGCCGAGUGCCUCUGCGGAGCCCCGCGACGCGCAGGCAGGGUGGCUGCUGCAACGGGUGUGAAUGUGCCUGACAAGAUGAAGAGCCGAAUCCCCGUGGUGCUCCUGGCCUGUGGCUCCUUCAACCCCAUCACCAACAUGCACCUGCGCUUGUUUGAGGUGGCCAGAGACCACCUUCACCAAACAGGCAGGUACCAGGUGAUCGGGGGUAUCAUCUCUCCUGUCAAUGACAACUACGGAAAGAAGGACCUCGUGGCUGCCCGGCACCGGGUGGCCAUGGCCCGGCUGGCCCUGCAGACGUCCGACUGGAUCCAGGUGGACCCCUGGGAGAGCGAGCAGGUGCAGUGGACGGAGACAGUCAAGGUGCUGAGGCACCAUCACAGCGAACUGCUCAGAUCUCUGCCCCGGAAGGAAGGCCCGGACCAAGGCAAGGUUGACUCUCCAGCCCCCGCAGCUGUGCCUGAGCUGAAGCUCCUCUGCGGGGCAGAUGUCUUGAAGACCUUCCAGACCCCCAACCUCUGGAAAGACACGCACAUCCAGGAAAUAGUGGAGAAGUUCGGCUUGGUGUGCGUGGACCGGGCAGGGCACGACCCAAAGGGGUACAUCUUGGGCUCACCCAUCCUGCAAAGGUACCAGGACAACAUCCACCUGGCCAGGGAGCCAGUGCAGAACGAGAUCAGUGCCACAUACAUCAGGUGGGCCCUGGGCCAAGGGCAGAGCGUGAAGUACCUGCUCCCCGAUGCCGUCAUCGCCUACAUCAAGGAGCACGACCUCUACACCAGCCCCGGAGAGGAAUGAAGGUUAGCCGAGCUGGGGAGGGCCAGCUCCGCCUCCUCCACUGAUCUCGUCCUGAGGACAGGGCGCUUACAGUCUUUGUUUUCCUAAGUUUGUCCAUUUUUCAUUUGGUUUGUUUCAACAAUGAUUUUGUUUGUGAGGCAUCUUCUGUCCCAGGAAGAGAUACCUUCUUCAGGGAGGAGCAAAUGUUUACAUCACGAGGAUGGACAUUUAUCACAGAAGUUAAAGUGGUGUGGCAGGUCAUUAGGUUUAGACAAAAGCUCUCAGAACCUCUGGAUGAAGAGGCCUUCUUAUUUUGUAGAUGGUAGUUAUGGCUGCACACUGAAGGCAGUUCUGCACAUGGCAGGGGGCCCCUGAGGGUCAGAUCAGAAUUGCCCACAAAGCAUUUUUUAACUAGGACCAGGUGCAGCUUGCGGGUCUUGAUUGGAGAGACUUGACAGGAUGCUGAUUACCAAACAGUGGGCUUUGUCAAUGCCUUGUUUCCACAAAGUAAUGCUCAUGGAGGAGUCCAAAAUUUGGAAGCAACACUUUGCUGAUUGACAUUGAAUCUUCCUUUACAAACCGUAGUCUGCCUGCCUACUGGCCAUUGAUAAAAU